AUGCAAAGCGAAUGCAGGGAGUUGGAGGAAUGUACAUGGGAAGCAGGUUGUGUUGUUUUUCUGGAGGACAAGAUCGCGGAAUGUAAUGCUGAAAGUGGCGAUCCACCAUCUGGGUCACUGUGCGAUUUCUUUGUGGUAUCGAGCAAAUGUCAGGCCUUUGCGGAGCUGGAGAAGAAUUGCACAGAUGCUGGUUGUGACUGGAAAAUGGAUGAUCAGAAUGGAUUUUGCACUGCUUCACAAGAGAUGAUCUUGAAUGUGGAACUCGCAAUGGCUCCUGAACUGAUACCAAAGAUUAGUGCAGAGCUGAAGCGGUGCAAUGAAAGCACAACCGUGGAGGAGUGCGAGGACAGCCAGGGCGCAAUGGGCUGA